CGGACAGUCCACGGGAAGGGCCAACGUGCUGAUAUGCGUACUGACGGACAGUCCUCGUGGGCGAAAAUCACCCGGACAGUCCGCGGGAAGGGCCAACGUGCUGAUAUGCGUACUGACGGACAGUCCUCGUGGGCGAAAAUCACCCACGGACAGUCCACGGGAAGGGCCAACGUGCUGAUAUGCGUACUGACGGACAGUCCUCGUGGGCGAAAAUCACCCGGACAGUCCGCGGGAAGGGCCAACGUGCUGAUAUGCGUACUGACGGACAGUCCUCGUGGGCGAAAAUCACCCGGACAGUCCGCGGGAAGGGCCAACGUGCUGAUAUGCGUACUGACGGACAGUCCUCGUGGGCGAAAAUCACCCGGACAGUCCGCGGGAAGGGCCAACGUGCUGAUAUGCGUACUGACGGACAGUCCUCGUGGGCGAAAAUCACCCGGACAGUCCGCGGGAAGGGCCAACGUGCUGAUAUGCGUACUGACGGACAGUCCUCGUGGGCGAAAAUCACCCGGACAGUCCGCGGGAAGGGCCAACGUGCUGAUAUGCGUACUGACGGACAGUCCUCGUGGGCGAAAAUCACCCGGACAGUCCGCGGGAAGGGCCAACGUGCUGAUAUGCGUACUGACGGACAGUCCUCGUGGGCGAAAAUCACCCACGGACAGUCCUCGUGGGCGAAUAUCUCCCACGGAUAGUCCACGGGAAGGGCCAACGUGCUGAUAUGCGUACUGACGGACAGUCCUCGUGGGCGAAAAUCACCCACGGACAGUCCUCGUGGGCGAAUAUCUCCCACGGAUAGUCCACGGGAAGGGCCAACGUGCUGAUAUGCGUACUGACGGACAGUCCUCGUGGGCGAAAAUCACCCGGACAGUCCACGGGAAGGGUGAACGUGCUGUUAUGCGUACUGACGGACAGUCCUCGUGGGCGAAAAUCACCCACGGAUAGUCCA